UAAAUCUUAAAAAUAUAUUGAUUUAAUUUUUCAAUUGUACAAGUGCAUAUACUAUUCUUUAUGUAUAUUUGCCAGAUCCCAAGUCCAUGGCGGAUACAUCCAUCGAAUAUGAAGAGACUGCUUCUAAUUCUUCUCAAUCUGCAUCUUCAUCCAAAUCUAAGUCAUCUACUCCAGAGAAAUUACAAUCAAGAAAGUCACCAUGCAAGCCAGAGACGAAAGCAAUGGCUGAGUGGCUCGAGACUGAAAAGGAGAGGCUUUCCCUGAAGCGACAGAAGAUUGAUGAACAAGUUAGACACAACACAAGAAUGGAGGAGCUAGCAGCAGAACGGCUCACUGUGGAAAAGGAGAAGAGAGAUAUGCUCAGGUUCCUCAUAACAACCUUUUCUAGUACCACAAAUACCGUCCAGUUACUUCCUGCAAAUUAUAUCUGAAAUCAUCAACGGAUCAUCAGCACUCAGCAGUAUUCAGCACUUUUAACUCCAAAUUCUGUGAUGUCAAUUUGCAAUCAGCAUGUCACCCAAUAGACUAUAUACUUUCAACCAGCGACUUAUUAGAAACACAUAAAUUAAGAGGGAUCUAUCUUACAUGUUGGAUCAGCUUGGUUGACUCAAACUUGACUGUAUGUGAGUUUAGUAAGUAUUACAAUUGUGGGGUAGCUGUGCUUUUUAUAUGUAAUGUUUUGAAAUAGAUCAUAAAGAAUUUGAUUAUAAAAUCAUUC